UUGAAAGUCAAUUUAUCUCUCUGUCUAGGCUUUGUCUAUUAUACUUCUCGGAUUGGGUCCUCCAGUAUUGAACCACCUAUGAGAACGAAGAACGUCUGAGAAUAGACAUCGAGGUUAAGUAGGCAGAGUAUGACCAGUCCACUGCGACGUAAACGAUUUCAGAUUGGUUUCUCACUUGGUCUUCACAACAAGCUUGAAGCGGCGAGAUACAUUGUAAAAUGACUAAAAUAAGCCCAUCCGUGAGGGCCAAACUCAUCAACUAUCUUGACGCAGCCACACUGUUCGGUCUUCGCCCAUGUCCAACACCUGCCCCGGAUUUCAUAGAGUCUGCCCGUGCUGCUCAUCGCAAGUUAACACUUAUUGUUGCGUUCGAUACCAAUCUCGAGCUUUACUACUUUCGAAAAGCCAAUGCCGAUAUAUUCAGUGAGGAUCUUAACCUAGUCGAUGCGGGCUGUAAUGUUGCUGCCAGCGACCCUCUUGCUCGAAAAGCCAGCGUCACCACUACAUGCGAACAAUACAAAUCCAAGUUCAAAAGCUCUAAAAGGUUUGGGGAGAAGUUUGAGACGAAGACGAGGAUCAAAUAUGAAAGCAAACUGCCGAACGGAAAAAAGAAAUUCAAGAAAAUGACCAUCUUCCACGGAGCUCAUGAUGGAUCAAACGAUGCCUACUGGACGCUAAGGGCGUUCCUGAUGGGCAUCCAUCGAGUCGCAAGCAAGAAGGACGCAUCAUUGAUGCUCACCGCUCUGCCUCGCCACCCGUUUCCUUGCGAAUUCAGAGUCAUAAGUGUAGACUUCGAGGGCGGACAGAAUAUUCCUCGGCAACUGGGACUUGCAGAGAUCGACUCAACAUCACUGCAAAGCCUUGCAUAUGAUGACUGGAUAGAGGCAAUCAACGUUCGAUCGAUCUUUUGCGAGGAGGAAAAGGACUACCGGAAUCCGUUUUGCUUACCUGAUACCGGGCCUCAAUUUUGUGACCACGAAUUGUACGAAACCAGCGCCGAUUUCAGUCGGGCUAUUAUGGGUGUGUUUGCUGGAGACGAAUCGAUACCUCUAUCCGGCGAGAGUCCAUCAGAGAUGAGCGCCAUAGAAUUAGGCAAAGCACUUCAGGAAACAUGAGAAAUGGAAUGGUAUCCUUGAUGCCGCGCUGACUUGAACCUCCCAAUGAGCACGAUGUACCGCCGGUAUCCCGGGAUUUGAAUUCUUGGACCUGGGAAUAUUAGAAAUUCUUUGUACAAUACGCCGCACCCAGCCAGAAACAAUUCAUCUGUCUUUGUCCCUUGUAAAUUGUCCUUACCAAGAGUUGGCCAGACAUCAUGGGAAUGCUGAUCUGGAUAGCCGUAUAUAGAGUUUUCGAACAUCUUGAGUGUUCGAACCAACUACAUGCCACCAAGAAGCAAUGCUUCUACGAACACAGAAACUCUCC